AUGGACUCAUUCAACAACGUCAAGCAAUGGCUGCAAGAGAUUGAUCGCUAUGCUACCGAGGGCGUCAACAAAUUGCUGGUGGGCAACAAGAGUGAUAUGUCGGACAAGAAGGUGGUCGAGUACACCAUGGCAAAGGUUGGUUUCCUUUCCAUUGCAAGCACAAUGCCAUUUCUCACCAGACAACAGGAGUUCGCCGACAGCCUCGGAAUCCCUUUCUUGGAGACUUCGGCCAAGAACGCGUCAAAUGUCGAACAGGCUUUCCUGACCAUGGCUCGCCAAAUCAAGGAACGCAUGGGCACAACUACGGUCAACAACAAACCCACUGUGCAAGUUGGUCAAGGUCAAGGUGUUCAAUCGGGAUCCGCCGGUGGCUGCUGUUAA